CGUUAGUUUUUGCCCUUCUCACUGUUCAAUUUCUUCUCUUCCACUCCAACAGUGAAAAUUUUCUUCCCCUUGAACCCGCUACCAUGCCUGCCAAUCAUCAUUUACAAGAAAAUCAGAUACUUGACUACCAGCCAUUUGAGCUGGUUAGGGAGGAGCAGGAUACACAAUUCCUCAACAAGAAUAUCAUGCUGUCAAUGGGGUUUUUAUUUAGGAUGGGUUCCAGACCAGAGUAAUAUUUCUGAUUAUUUCAGUGACACGUCCAACAAUGGUUUUUCUAGAGUUGCUCAAAACGGUGUGUUAACAGCUCCGAAUGGUGAAUUAUGUGCACAUGUUGAAUAUUUCCACAUAACUUAAGGGGCGAAGAUACACGCAAGGGCUUUACUGAUCACCUCUACGGGGCUUUGGAGCUGGCAGGAAUCCACACUUUUAGAGAUGAUGAUGAGAUUGAGAGAGGAUCAAAUAUUGCAGCAGAGCUUCAGAAGGCGAUACAAGAGUCACGAGUAUCAAUUAUUGUCUUCUCCAAGGACUACGCUGCCUCGAGAUGGUGCUUGGAUGAACUUACAAAGAUCAUGGAACGUAGCAAAACUGAGGGACACAUGGUUUUGCCAGUUUUCUAUGCUGUGGAUCCUUCCCAUGUCAGGAACCAAAAUGGAACUUUUGCAGAGGCAUUUGCCAGACAUGAAGAGCGCUUCAAGGAUGAGAUGUACAAGGUGGAGGAGUGGAGACGUGCACUUAGAGAUGUUGCCGAUCUUGGAGGAAUGGUUUUAGAAAAUCGGUAUGAGUCACGGUUUAUCAAAGAAAUUGUGGAAAAGAUUGGAAAUAAAUUGGAUCACAGAGCAUUAAACGUUGCUCCCUAUGCAGUUGGAAUAGAUAAGCGUGUGCAAGGCCUAAACAGAUGGUUGGAAGAUGGAUCAAAUGAUGUUGGUGUAGCUGUGAUCUAUGGGAUGGGUGGAAUUGGCAAGACUACCAUUUCCAAAUCUGCUUAUAACCUAAACUUAGAUAGAUUUCAAGCUAGGAGCUUUCUUGCAGAUGUUAGAGAAACUUCAGAACAACCAAAUGGUUUGGUUCGCUUGCAAAGAAAACUUCUUUCUGAUAUCCAAAAGGGGAAAACAAAGAAAGUAUAUAACAUGGAUGAAGGAGUAAUCAAGAUCAAGCAUUCUGUAUGUUGCAAAAGAGUUCUUAUUGUUCUUGAUGAUGUUGACCAUUGGGACCAAUUCAGUGCAGUUCUUGGAAUGCGAGAAUGGUUUCAUCCAGGAAGUAAAAUUAUCAUAACAACUAGACAGGAAUAUUUGCUAAAGGCUCAUGAAGUUAGUGAAAUGUUUAAGGUUCAAGAACUGAAUGAGUAUGAAUCACUUGAGAUUUUUAGUUGGCAUGCCUUCGGACAAGCCCAUCCCGUUGAAGGUUACAUGGAGCUUUCAAGACCUGUAGUACAACACUGUGGAGGGCUUCCAUUAGCUCUUCAAGUUUUGGGAUCUUCUCUAUCUGGAAAGAAUGUAGACGUAUGGCAAAGCGCAAUAGAGAAGUUAGACAUGAUUCCUCAUGGAAAAAUUCAAAAAUUUCUUAGAAUAAGCUUUGAUUCUCUAGAAGAUGAUCAUGACAAACAUUUAUUCCUUCAUAUUGCCUGUUUCUUCAUAGGAAAGGAGAAGGAUUUUACAAUUACAGUACUAGACAACUGUGAUUUUUACACAAGGAUUGGAAUUCAAAAUCUAGUUGAUAGAUGCCUUCUGAAAAUUAAUGGAGAAAACAAGUUGGUCAUGCAUCAAGUACUUAGAGACAUGGGGAGGGGAAUUGUUCGCGAAGAAUCACCUCUGGACCCUGGAAAACGCAGUAGAGUAUGGUCUAAAGAUUCAUCUAAUAUUAUGAGAAAAUUAACCCAGGGUACAGAAACUAUUAAGGCUUUCAAGCUCCAGAUUCCUAUGUUCAUAGAAGACGAGCCUUCAAAGACAAUAUGUAGUGGAAGUAACAAAAAGAGAUGCCAUGCUGAAGAUUAUGAUAGUAACAAAAAGAGACGUCGGCUUGGUUUCUUCUCCUGGCAAUCAAUUAACUUUUCCUCAACAAGUUCAGUUGUUGUAUCAAAUGAGGUGGACUUUAAAACAGAGGCAUUUAGAAGAAUGCACAAUCUUGAAAUUCUCUUGCUCAGUAAUGUUAAUAUCAAUGGAGGCUAUGAAGAUUUUCCAAAACAUUUAAUAUGGUUAUCUUGGCGUGGAUUCCCUUUAAAAUCAAUACCAGCCAAUUUUUAUUUGGAAAAUCUAGUUGCUCUUGAGUUGCAAAAUAGCAGGCUGGAACAUGUUUGGAAGGGAACCAAGUUGCUUCCAAGACUGAAAAUCCUUAAUCUCAGUCAUUCACAUAGCCUUAUGACAACCCCCGACUUGUCAGGACUGUCUAACCUUGAGAGAUUAAAUCUUAAUGGUUGCAUAAAUUUGGUUGAGAUUGGUGAAUCCAUUGGAAACCUAGAGAAACUAGUGUUCUUGAAUCUAAAGGACUGCAAAAAUCUCAUUAAGCUUCCGACAAGUAUUAGCAUGUUGCGAUCUCUUCAGGAACUUAUUCUUUCUGGUUGCUCAAAGCUAGUGCUUCAUGCCAACACAACUGCCACCUCUACUGAUACUGAUAUGAAGAAACUCGUUCUGUUAUCGACUACUUCAUGGCAAUCAAUCUGGUCGUGGUGGUCGUGGGUGUUACCAAGAAAAGUUCCUGAAAGCCGUUUCUCAUUGGGAAAUUUACCACAUUUCUUAGGACGCUUAAGUCUGGCUUACUGCAAUCUGUCAGAAGUUCCCACCGAUCUUUGUAUCCUAUCCUCGUUGCAGUAUUUGAAUCUAAGCGGAAAUCCAAUUCUGAACCUACCAGAAAACAUGAACGGUCUUAUUAUGCUCCAGACUCUUCUGUUAGAGAACUGCAAAGAACUGCAAACGCUUCCAGAGCUCCCACCAAAUUUAAAGAGCUUGCAGGCAAGUUUUUGUACAUCGUUGAAAAGAGUAACAAAUGUUCCAAACAAGUUCAGAUCAUUGGAAUUAAUGUUUUACCAAUGUAUGAUGUUAGUCGAAGUUAAGAGCUCGUUCAAUAUAAAUCCGUUGAGAAACAUUGACAUAGAAAUGAUCCAAGAGAUGGGGCUGUUCAAUUUGGAGUCCAUUGAAAGUGCUGAGGUGGAAAUGAUCAACUACUCGACAAAUACAACCAGGAAGGGUCCCCUUCAGGGGCUCUAUGAGUGUGGCAUAUUUAGCAUUUUCCUUCAUGGAAGCAAGAUUCCAGAUUGGUUCAGCUACAGGAGCAUGGGCAACUUUGUGUUGUCUAUUAUCAUACCUUCACAUCUUAACCGGAAGAUUCGAGGCUUAAAUGCGUGUGUUGUGUAUGCUCGUCAUCCAGAUAGGGGUCCGGGGCUUCAAAGCCAACACUUUGUUAAAGUCAGUAAUGAGACCAAGGGUCUUAAGUGGACCUAUUCCGCAGUCACAAUGGGUUGUCCAGAAGAGAAUGAAGAUAUGCUAUGGCUGAGCCAUUGGUUGUUUGACAACAAUGAAUUGGAAGGCGGUGAAGAAGUACGUGUUUCAGUGGAUAUGGAGUAUGGUUUCUCGAGAAAGGAGUUUGGAAUCCAGCUUGUGUAUGAGCAGGAAAAUAAGGGUAAGGGUGUGCUAUCAAAUAGUGAUCAAGAUAUAACAAUCCAACAGGAAGCAUCUCCUUGGAGGCAGAAUGUGCUUGGUGGAGAUGUGUCUGUGUCUGCUUCAAAGUAUCAACUGCAGACGGGCAAAUACUUUCUUUGUAAUUAUAAGGACCAAUAUCAAUUCAGAUUGAGCUCGGAGAACCCAGCUCAUCUUGAUUUUCAAUAGGAGCCUAAGACCUCCUUCACCUUUUGUUUAGGCUGGACAAUGAUUCCGUUUGUUCUAAAUAUGAAUUUUUGCACUGAUCUUUAUGUCAUUGGCGGUUUGCAAACGAUGAAUUAGACUGGGGAAGAACAGAAGCAGCAGCUCCCUAUACCCCUCGGGGGAAAACGUUUCAUAUUGUGUAUGAAAGACGGAUAGGUAUGACGAGCUGCACCAUAAGUUGGGACUGCGUUUUUUUUCUUUUAUUUGAACAAUUUUUUAAGUUAUUAUUAUGUAAGGUGUUGCAAAGACGGAUAGGUGUGA